AUGUUAUCAUUUUUCCGUUGUGCACCUUCAUCGCCUCAAUCGUAUGCUGCGUGGUUGUUGUAUACACAGAAGCGCACCAGCACCUGGAGUCUAACUAUGUGCACGAAUUUGUCUUGCUGUGUGUUGAUCAUAUGGCGACUAUGGCGCGUUCAUUCACAAGUGAUGUCACUUGUUGAACAGUCUGAGAAGCGCGGUCUGAAGUGGUUUCUCUCCGUAUUUAUUGAGAGCGCGGUCCUCUAUGUUUUCUGGACUGUGCUCUUCAUAAUCUCUUACGAGGCGUACACCUCCAGAAAUAACCUUGCAUUCCUGGUCGAGGACGCAUGGGCGCCCGUGUCUGGCAUUGCGUUCAUGCUCAUCAACAUCCGUGUUGGCCUGGGCUACGCGAUGCACACUAGUGUCCAGCGAUCCUCCACGGAUUGA